UCGGGCUCCCUCAUUGGCCGCGGCGUCUCGGGAGUCCGGUCGCCUUGGGGACGUGGCGAGAAACAACUCUUCCCGGCCGGCGAGAGAAGAGGCGAGACUCCUUCGGUUGGAGGCCAGAGAGAUGCGACGUCAUCCCGGAGGCUGCAGGGGGAGCUCACCUGAGUGAAGGGGGGAGCACAUGGCCAGGAUCAGUUUUUCUUGCCUGUGUCCAGCAUCUUGGCACUUCACACUACCCUCAGUGAGCCUUUGUUUUCGUCAGCGAUUGGCUCUGCUAGGCCUAUUAAUUGGAGCCUGCCUUCUGCUGCUUGUAACUUUCACAAAUCUGUGGCAAUGGAAACCUGACUCUCUGGACAGUCAGUUCGAAAGGUAUUUAGCACGGUAUCGAGCUUUGGAGGCUACAGACACAGAGAAUCCAGGUCUAAGCUAUGGAGUUGUGAUUGACUGUGGCAGCAGUGGGUCCCGAGUCUUUGUGUAUUUCUGGCCACCACACAAUGGGAAUCCCCAUGACCUGCUGGACAUCCGGCAAAUGAGAGACCACAGUAGUGAACCGGUUGUCAAGAAGAUCAAACCAGGGAUCUCUACAAUGGCCAAAGCUCCCGAGAAAGCUAGUGACUACAUGAAGCCUCUGCUCAGCUUUGCUGCUGCCCAUGUGCCCAAAGCCAAGCACAAGGAGACUCCACUGUACAUCUUGUGUACUGCAGGGAUGAGGUUGUUGCCUGACUGGCAACAGUCAGCCAUCCUCAAAGACCUGGUGAGGGACGUGCCAUUGGAAUUUGAUUUCCUCUUCUCGGAAUCACAUGCGGAAGUGAUCUCAGGAAAGCAAGAAGGUGUCUACGCUUGGAUAGGCAUCAAUUUUGUCUUGGGAAGAUUUGACCAUGAUGAAGAGGCAGAUGCUUUGGUUUCUGUAACCCUAGCUGACCAGAAAGAGACCCUGGUGCGAAAGAGGACUGUGGGGAUCCUUGACAUGGGAGGUGCCUCUCUGCAGAUAGCCUAUGAGGUGCCAAGUUCCACCGUCUUCUCUUCCCCACAGCAGGAGGAAGCUGCCAAGAGCCAACUGGCUGACUUCAACCUAGGUUGCGAUGCACAACAUACAAUGCACAGCUAUCGGGUUUAUGUCAACACCUUCCUGGGCUUUGGGGGUAACUUUGCCCGGCAGCGUUAUGAACAGUUGGUGCUGAAUCGGACCAUCACCCACAACAGGUUGCGGAGUGAACAGAUAGGGGUAAAUCCUGAGGUACCUGUCUUAGACCCUUGUUUGCCUGUGGGACUGGAGGAUGUUAUGGAUCAGAAUGGACAGAGUGUGCAUGUUAAGGGCAAAGGAGACUGGGAGGCAUGUGCAGAGCAACUGCGUCCCCUUCUGUCUGGAGAUGAGAGCAGCCAAGACUCUUUGACCAACACCUAUCAGGCACCAAUUGAUUUUUCAAACAGUGAAUUCUACGGGUUCUCUGAAUUCUAUUACAGCACCGAUGAUGUGUUGCGCAAGGGAGGACUAUAUCAUAGUCCCACAUUCACACGUGCUGCUCAGGAUUAUUGCAGUCUUAGUUGGUCAGUACUGACACAGAGGUUCCGAGACAAGCUGUACUCACCCCAUGCAGACCUGCAUCGUGUCAAGUAUCAGUGCUUCAAAUCUGCAUGGAUGCACCAGGUGUUGCAUGAAGGAUUCCAUUUUCCCAAGGAUUACUCUAGUCUACGUACAGCUCAGUUGAUAUAUGACCGUGAAGUGCAGUGGACAUUGGGAGCUAUUCUCUAUAAAACCCGUUUCCUGCCACUCAGGGAUAUCCGUCAGGAAAACAUCCGUCAGGCUCACAGUUCUUGGCUUCGACUGUCUUUUGUCUACAACCACUAUCUUUUCUUUGGCUGCAUCCUUAUAGUGACACUUGCCAUUGGACUCUAUCUUCUCCGUCUGCGCCGCAUCCACCAACAGCAGCUCCACACAACUUCACUUGACCUGCUGUGGCUAGUUGAAGCGGUCCCGUUGCCAGCACAGGAGCUGGCCACUUGACAAAAGAAUUACCUCUUGGACUAUCUGGUGCUUUACUCUAUGGCACCAUGUUUUUAACAGGCCAAAAGCUGUGAUCUGCCCAUGUUUUGUAGUCCAGAAUUCUGUAGCACUCCAGCCUGACCCCAGGUUCAGAAUGGUAAAGGGGUCUGCUGAGUGUUGUCCCUGUGCCCUGCAAAAUUCAGCUUCACAACUGCAAUGAACUUCAGGGUUUCCUUUGUGCUUGAAGUCCCAAGCAAUGAGGGAUAAUCAUGUGCUGCAAGGGAGAGGACCAGGGCUACUCCUUUUCAUCCUUGACAGUGGGCAAAAUGCAGCAUUGUAGUUAGUGACCAAAGAACACUUGAUUUACUCAGGGAGGGAAUGAGAAAUGUUGGGUAUACUAUCUCCCAGGAAAAGAAAGGAAGCUUUAAUUUGGUGUUUCAGUUUUGCUAUAGGAAUAGCCCUCACUUUUCAUUUUUCCUUAAGGACCAAAUGCAUAUUUGUGGGAUUAAUUGGGAGAAAGAAACAAACAAAGCAAAAGGAAACUCAUUGCUAUUCCUGUCUCCCUUUUACCCCAUCGAUGAUGGGACUCCAAAUGACCUUUGCACAGAACAUGCGCUCUUAGAGCCCAUGCUACACACAGCCUUUUGCUGUAACCCCAGAACAGGGGAUUUUCAGCAGUUCUUACUCCAUGUUCUAAUUGUUUUGUUUUUUGUUUACAUUUAGCCCAGAGUUAUUUAAUACUUGAACUCCAGUUACUGUAGCAAUAAAUGUCGUUGAGCCAGACAGCCAGAGCUUCUUGAUGACUUACACCUAAGGCUUGUUUCACAUUGGACAUCAUUCAUUGUCUGGACUGAAGUAAGAUUGUCUCUAUUCAGUACCACAGCAAAGGAGUGUGCUUUACAACUGCCAAUACUGCAGAGGGCUGAAAAAAAUUGAGACUGGCUUCCUUCAGGUUUUUCUUCCAAAUGUUGGCAGUGUCUUGCUCAGAUAGCUUUGAUGGCUUCAUUGAAAUCUACCAUGCAAAAUAGAAUUUGAUUUGUGCAUUUA